AUGGAUGCCCAGAAUCAAGAACUCAACUUCGACGUCUGCGUGGUAGGAGCAGGACCACUCGGUCUUCUAGCACUUAAGAACCUUCGCGAGCAGGGACUCAAUGCAAAAGCGUUUGAAAGGCAAGAGUACGUUGGUGGAACUUGGCAUGCGUCAAACAAUAUCGAGCAGACAACUGCAUUGGAGUACACGACAGCCAACACCUCCAAGCAAUGCUGUUCCAUUACUGAUUUUCCUAUGCCCGAUGACUUCCCUGUGCACCCCCCUCAGAAGGAUCUCGAAAGAUACUUCGAAUCUUACGCCGAACAGUUUGGCCUAUAUCCGCACAUACGAUUCUCAGUCUCAGUUGACCAUAUAGAACGCGAUGAGCCACGAAAGGCCUGGAGAGUCUUUCUCAAGGAUGUUAAAACGGGGGUUGAAGAGGUCAGAACAUUCGGUCGCGUAGUUGUCGCUACAGGCAUGCUCAAUACCCGCCAUCUCCCCCACGUGAAAGGUCUAGAGAGGUUUUCUGGGGAUGCCAUUCACUCGCGGCAGUUCAAAGACGCCUCAAAGUACCAGGGCAAGAACGUGGUUGUCGUAGGUAUUGGCGCAACUGGUGUGGAUUCGACCUCGUUCUUGGUUAAAGCUGGAACCAACAAGGUCUAUCUUAGCCAUCGUGGCACCGUCUUCGUGCUCCCCAGGAGAGUCAAGGGGAAGGCUUUCGAGCACACAUUGAGUCGUCGUCUCAUGACCAAGAUGAUGAUCAAUAUGCGAGAUAAAGAAUGGCCACACUUGAAGGAAGUAUUCGGUACUCGACCGGUUGAUGGAGUCCUCCAUCGAGUUCCAUUGUUCUCCGAGCAUCUGGCGGAUAACCUCAAAGAUGGCACAGUCAAAUCUGUACAGGGCAUCAAGGAAGUAACUGGUCCCAAGACUAUUACUCUUACAGACGGUACGGUUUUGGAAGAUGUCGAUGCCAUCAUCUUCUGCUCGGGCUAUGGUUAUGACUUUUCUAUCGUCGAGGGCCCUGGCGAUCCGACCGACCCGGCCAUUGCCCCUGACCACCACAAGCGGAUUGAGGCGACCAAGUUCUACGGCGAGGAAAACAAGUUUGCACGUCUUUUCCAUGGCUUCAUCUCGGAGCAGUUUCCCGACUCAUUGGCGUUCCUUGGCCAUAUGAUUAUCAUGAGACCUCCAUUCGUACUUUACGAUCUCACUACCAUGGCUCUGGCGAGCUUGUGGUCUGGAGACUACCCCAUGCCGUCUGCCGAAGAGAGGCGUAGGGAUAUUGAUGAUCACUAUGACUAUGUUGUCAAGACACUCCAGAGAGGCCCGGCUCCUCAUCCUGGAUUUAGGUGGAGGGCAAAGCCAACUUACGAGUUUCUGAACCAAGCAGCAGGUACAGGAGUCACCGAUCGCUUGGGGUGCUUCACUUGGGAAGCCUGGAAGCUGUGGUGGAACGACCGAAAGUUUUACAACUUGCUUAUGGAUGGAACUGAUGUGCCCGCGGUUUACAGGUUGUUUGAAACAGGUCGAGGUCGCAAGCCUUGGCUUGGAGCCAGAGAGUCUAUAGAGAAGACAAACCAGGAGGUGAAGGAGCUGGGAGAGCAAAAAGCCAAGCGACAAAAUCAGCUAUUCCGCACUCAGCUUAUGCUCGGCAUUCGUCCUACUCUUAGAGCGAGGCGUUCCCUGCUGGAUCUAAUCCGCACCAGAGGCGAAGACGACGACAACAACAGCCAGCGAGAGCAAGGGAGCGACAGUGACGACGAUAGCCUUAGCUCAGGCUCCGGGGCCAGAGGUAGCCGUUACAGAGGGAGCUUCAGUGAUAAAGCCCCUGCGCCUCCCGUUAACGUUGCUACUGUUCGAGACCCCACCCGCAAAGCAUCGUCAUCAUCCUGGCUCCACUCAAGAGCUGGGAAAGCAAGAGCAGCAGCUCUAGCGUUGGUGGACGUAGCUCGUCAAGUGCCUCUGCCAAACUCUCCACCACCAUCUCCAUCUCCAUCUCUGUCUCCAUAUUCACCUUCAUCAAGACCUCAACCUUCAUCUCAGCCGCCUCCUUCGUCAACCCUCUCCCCCGGUUCGACAGCAUCUUCCAUCCGGCCCCAGUCGCCGCAUUCUCCUACCUCUCCUCAUCUUCAAUUAGACAACGCGCCAGUUUUGUCGUUGAAGAUGCCUCCUAAAACACCAAAGGCUGCUAAUAACAGCAGCAAGACCAAUGAGGAAGAUGGAUACCAAACCGGUAAAAUCUACUCCAUUUCUGGUCCCGUUGUCGUGGCUGAGGACAUGAUUGGUGUUGCCAUGUACGAGUUGGUCAGAGUAGGACAUGACAACCUCGUUGGUGAAGUUAUUCGAAUCAGUGGCGAUCAGGCCUCUAUUCAGGUUUACGAGGAGACAUCCGGCGUCAUGGUUGGUGACCCUGUUACCCGUACCGGAAAGCCCUUGUCAGUCGAACUCGGUCCCGGUCUCCUCAACGGUAUCUACGACGGUAUCCAGCGUCCCCUCGAGGCUAUUUCCAAGAUGGCUAAGUCCAUUUAUAUCCCCCGUGGUAUCGCCGUCCCUGCCCUCGACCGCGAGAAGAAGUGGGAGUUCACACCCUCCGUUAAGGUCGGCGACCACCUUUCCGGUGGUGAUGUCUGGGGCUCUGUCUUCGAGAACUCUUUCCUCGCAGACCACAAGAUUCUGUUCCCUCCUCGUGCACGAGGAACUGUUACCAAAAUCGCUGCCAAGGGCGAGUACACCGUCGUCGAGAACAUCCUCGAGGUCGAGUUCGAUGGCAAGAAGACAGAGUAUCCCAUGAUGCAGACCUGGCCUGUCCGAGUACCACGUCCCUCCAACGACAAGAAGUCCGCCGAUCAGCCCUUCAUUGUCGGUCAGCGAGUUCUCGACGCUCUUUUCCCUAGUGUUCAAGGUGGUACCGUCGCAAUUCCCGGUGCUUUCGGUUGUGGAAAGACUGUCAUUAGCCAGUCUGUGUCCAAGUUCUCCAACAGUGACGUUAUCGUCUAUGUUGGUUGCGGUGAGCGAGGUAAUGAGAUGGCCGAAGUCUUGAAGGAUUUCCCCGAGCUCACCAUUGAGGUCGAUGGCCGCAAGGAGCCUAUCAUGAAGCGAACCACCCUCAUUGCCAACACCUCGAACAUGCCCGUCGCUGCCCGAGAAGCCUCCAUUUACACCGGAAUUACCGUCGCCGAAUAUUUCCGCGACCAGGGUCUUAACGUGGCCAUGAUGGCUGACUCCUCUUCCCGAUGGGCUGAGGCUCUUCGAGAACUUUCUGGUCGUCUAGGAGAAAUGCCUGCUGAUCAGGGUUUCCCUGCCUACCUGGGUGCCAAGCUUGCCUCGUUCUAUGAGCGAGCCGGUCGCGUUCAGACUCUUGGUUCUCCCGAGCGCGAGGGUAGUGUCAGUAUUGUCGGUGCCGUCAGUCCUCCUGGUGGUGAUUUCUCGGAUCCCGUUACUACAUCCACUCUGGGUAUUGUGCAGGUCUUCUGGGGUCUCGACAAGAAGCUUGCGCAGCGAAAACAUUUCCCCUCCAUCAAUACAUCGUUAUCUUACAGCAAGUAUAACACCAUUUUGGAUAAGUAUUACGAGAAGAAUUACCCCGACUUCCCUCGACUCCGCGACCGCAUCAAGCAACUUCUGUCUGAUUCCGAGGAGCUUGACCAGGUUGUUCAGCUUGUUGGAAAGAGUGCCCUGUCUGACCCUGACAAGAUUACAUUGGAUAUCGCAGGCCUGAUCAAGGAAGAUUUCUUGCAGCAAAACGGUUACUCGGACUAUGACCAGUUCUGUCCUAUCUGGAAGACAGAGUGGAUGAUGAAGCUCAUGGUGGGCUUCCACGACGAAGCCCAGAAGGUUAUCGCGCAGGGCCAGAGCUGGGCCAAGGUACGAGAGGCUACUUCUGACCUGCAAGCCAACCUACGACAGUUGAAGUUUGAGGUUCCCACCGACGGCCAGGAUGUGAUCUCCAAGAGAACCUGCAAUGGAACUAAUGACGAUUUUAACAAACUGAAAACUCAAGGCCCUCAAUCCCCUUUCAAUCAGCCCCUCACUGCCCGAACAAUGUCCGAAGAACUUCAGGAUGAAGUUGAAGCAAUUAAUUCCAUCUACGGCGACGACAGCCUCGUCCCGACAGAAGACGACUCCUCUGUAUUUAUUCUCAAACUGCCAGGCGAUGCAUCCUCUCUGCGUCUGAAAUUCCCGUCUGAUUACCCCUCUAAGCCCCCCAGUGCCCUCAGUACACACCACAGUUCCGGUGGUGUCAAAGGCGCUGGUGCUCGUGAUCUGGCACUCUUCCGAGACGCUCUGGGCGAAGUAUUUCAAGAGGGCCUGGUUUGUCUAUUCGAUGCCGUGGAGGAGUUUACGCGGCGUGCGGAGGAGCAGAAGCCAGAGCCUGAAAGUGAGCCCCAAGCUCCAUCGACACCUGAAGAAGAAGACUACGAGCAACCAGACUUUCCUCCUCCGGAAUGGGUUCUAUCCGAUCUUGUGACAGAGUCAAAAUCAACAUUCUUAGCACAUGUCGCACGAGUGACUUCUCCUGAUCAGGCUCGAUACUACGUCCAACUCUUGCUCUCAUCAGACAAACGCAUACGCAGCGCCACGCACAACAUGACAGCAUGGCGGAUCCGUGGCCCCGGGGCUACGAGUUUCCAGGAUUGCGAUGAUGAUGGCGAGACAGCUGCCGGUGGAAGGAUGUUGCAUCUGAUGCAGGUCAUGGAUAUCUGGGAUGCCAUGGUGGUGGUGACGAGGUGGUACGGCGGUGUUCAGCUAGGACCUAGAAGGUUUGCGCUCAUCAAUGCCGUAGCUAGAGACGGGUUUGUAAAAUCCGGUUUGGUAAAAGAAGAGAGGCAGGAGAAGAAAAGGGGGAAGUGAGCAAUGAGGUCCUGAUAUCGUGACCCUUUCCUUCAGGUCAGCUUACCGUUUGAUCUUCAAGAGACUGGGUUCUAGAUACGGUAAUAAUUGGUAAAGAUAAGCUUGAACGACGUGUAAGAUCAUGGGAAACGAUGUACUGGCCGAAGGUACUUUAUAA